AUGCAAGGCAGAGAGGCACGGACGGAGGAACUCUUCAAAAUUCAUUACUCCCUCCCGCUCUGUCUCACACAUCCCCUGGCAAUCUUGCCGCCCUUCUUCACGGCUCAAUUCCAGACGAUGGCUGUAUCGUACGCCAAUCGCGAGUGCGGCCGUCCCGUCAGACUUGAAGAGAUUGCUGCAGCUGUCCAAGCGUUCCAGGCCAGAUUUGACGCUCUCAAUCGCUGGCUCGAAAGCCACCCCGAGUACCUUUCGCAGGCCGGCCUGACACUCAUCACGGUGAGAGAACGCUGGCGUCAUAUUGCGACCAUGGAAACCCAAGGCCAUGGCCUUAGCUUGGUCAAUUUCGGACUCAGGCUGAAGCCUGCUCACAUUCGCGCCCUUGCUCGUCCUGGCGAGCGAAGCUCGGGCAAGGGCAUCAAAUGCCACCAAUACACCCUGGCAGCCAUUGCAAUCCAGUACUACGAAGAAUCGAAUGAUUUCUUCGAACAAGCUCAGCUUCGUAUGCCUGAAUGGCUCAACAGAUUCCAGCUAGAGCAUCGCGGCAAUGUCAACUGCGUAAAUUGCGGCGAGCAGGCUGGUACGGAAUGUACCGCAUGCCUCUGCGCAAAGCACUGUACCAGCGCCGAUCGCGCCCGCCUUCGUGUCACAAGCGACUGUGCUGUACAUGAUGUAGACUUGACGCAUGGAUGCUAG